AAACAACUUUGACCGUUGCCUCGCACCAAGAAGAUGGCCGGACAUGAAGGAUGGACGCCGUUCGGACUGAACGAGUGUACAGCUGGUACGUGGCGGGGUUUCCGGUACGUCAAGGACAACGACCCCGCGGUCACCUUGCUGUUCGACAAGAACGGCUACAUCGCCGGGUUACAGAUGGGGGUGCUAAAGAGUGAGUUACCCUCCAACGGCAGCAUCCCGCCCGAACAGAUCACUCCGCCAUGGAUAGAGGACACGGACAAGGACAUGUGGCUGCUCACCGCUUAUUUCAUCCCCCCAGACGACAUUUGCAGUGACGGUCGCACAGAGGCUGAGUACCAGGAGGAAGGCACGGGGACUGACCUGUACAUCCAGACCGGCCCUGACCCCACCUCGGACAUCAUGGCCAUCCCCCUCCAACAGGCAGACCUGGAGGGCUCCGAAUGGACCGAGGGCAAGUGUGUCUGGGGCAUGGGUAAACACUACUGGUGGAACCUGCGUGUCGACAUGGACUGCCAUGAGUUCUACCCAGUCUUCGUCAUGUACAAUGGCGGGAAGCUGGACACUUUCGGCUGGAACAUAGGGACCUACCUGAACAGUCCACGUUACGAGCACCCAGGCAUCGAUAGGGUCAAAUAUCCUCUUGAUCCAGUGCCGACCUGUCUGGAUGACCAUUUUCAGACCCCGUCCAGAAUCCACGUAUACCUGACCAGCGGAUACCCACCCUUUACCAACCACUGCUAGAAACACCACCUACUUCAGGGCACGCUCUGACGUACACCAGCUUCCAACUAUGGGAAAAUGCUGAAUAAUAGAAUAACACAUAGAAUCCAGGAUACUUUUUGCUGACAAUACGAUCAGCUACUGUGAUGAUGAUUAUACACUCUAUGAUAAUGAUGAGACAGGUUGUUCAGAUCCUGUUCCACCUUGCAGUGUACUAGUACCUUAAUCACUCCAAGCUAUGACGUUGUAUCAAUUUGCAUAUUAUAUCAUGCCUAUUCUGGGUGCUCACUCAAUGGUAUCCUUAAUUGUUCUGUUGUACCAAUACUUACAAAUAUUGAAAGAUCUCUUCUCGAA